AUGGGCGCCGAGCUGAGCCGCCCCGCGGGCUCGGACAUCACCAACCUCAAGGAGGACGCGCGCCGCCGCGUGGGCAGCAGCAGCGCGCUCGACAGCCAGCGGCGCGCGGCUGCUGCAGCUUCAGGCGGCGGCGGCGGCUUCCCCACGUCCUCCAGCACCACGUCGCUGUCCUCCAUGGCGCACUCCAGCAGCCACAGCGGCAGCCGCAGCAGCAGCGCCAACGCCAAGUCGCGGCUGCUGGAGAGCGGCCUCUUCUCGAGCAUCCGCCGCAGCCGCAACAACAGCCGCGCCGCGCCCGGCAGCAGCGGCUCCAACCCGUCGCUGGACUCGAUGAGCACCGGAGGGGACCACGCCGUGGAGAGCCUCGACCUGCCCAUCGUCGAGUGGGAGGGCUACGUGACCAAGAGGGGCCACCUCGUGCGCAACUGGAAGAUGCGCUUCUUCACGCUCGAGGGGAACCUCGUCUCCUGUACGUGGCCGUGUGUGUGGGGAGAAGAAGAAGAAGAAGAAGGAGGAGGAGAUGAUGAUGGAGGAGAACUAACUGACCCCGACUAUGAGAACAAGGUGGACGCGCGCAACCGCAGCCACUUGAAGGGCCGCGUGAACGUGGCGUCCGUCAAGAUGGACAAGGUGGCCAAGAACGGCCACGGCUUCGACUUCUCCUUCGAGACGACGGAGGGCAAGGUCUUCUACUGCAGCGUGCCCACGCACUUUGACCAGCUCGCCUGGGUCUACUUCCUGGAGGCCGGCGUGGACUGCGUCAGUAUGCGGCAGAACAACAAACCAGUGUACAACACGUACCGCCACGGCGCGCUGCCCGAUAUGCACACGGAGAAGGCCUACGACGCGUACAGACGCAUGCUGGGCGGCGAGCCGGGCGUGGUGACGGAGCUGCUGUCUUACUUCAACAAGGACCUGGUCUUCUCGUCGUCGUACCCGAAGAACACGCCCUUCAGCGGCGACUACUUUGGCCGCGAGGGGCUGCUGCACUUCCUGGGCGCGUUCCAGAGCAACGUGGAUCUGAUCGACAUGAAGGUGGAGGACUGCGAGCUGGACGCGAGUGGGAAAAGUCUGACCAUCAAGGGCACAGAGACGCUCAAGAGCAAGCACUCGGGCGCAGUCAUCACGCAGUCGUGGUCGCACCGCGUGCGCUUCGGCCCGUACGGACGGAUUUUACGCUUGCGCAUCGAUGUGGAUCUCAAGAGCGCCACUGGCAACUGGAAGUCGUUCGGCGUGAAGAACCCGUACUCGGAGAUGUCGGACGCGUCGAUCCGGUCCAACCGCUCGCUGAGCAUUUCGAUGAAGGACUUUACGGUGUACAAUGUGAUUGGCAAGGGCGGGUUCGGUACCGUCGUGAACGCUGUGAAGAAGAGCGACGGACAGAUUUACGCCCUUAAAAUUCUCGAGAAGGGCAAGAUGACCAAGUACGACGUGGAGAGCUCGUUCACGGAGAUGCGCGUGGCCCAGAACAUCCACCACCCGUUCAUUUGCGGUCUUCGCAUCGCCUUCCAGAGCCGGACGAAGCUGUUCUUGGGUAUGAAUUACUAUGCUGGUGGCGACCUCUUUCACCACAUGAGCAAGGGCUCGAGCUGCCGGAUACCGUCGGACCGCGCGCACUUUUACACGGCCGAGCUGGUGCUGGGUAUCCAUCACUUGCACCAGCACGACAUUCUCUACCGCGAUAUCAAGCCUGAGAACGUGAUGAUUGACGCCGAGGGCCACGUCGCCCUUGUCGACUUUGGACUUGCCAAGCUGCACGUGUCGGAGUACAAGGGCGCGAAGACCAUGGCUGGUUCGCCUCAGUACACGGCUCCGGAAUUGCUGCUCCCCAAGGCAAAGCGGUCCUACGGUAAGGCGGCGGAUUGGUGGAGCCUGGGCAUUUUGCUCUACGAGAUGAGCGUCGGCAAGUCUCCCUUCUACGACAACAACAUUGAAAAGAUGUACCACAAAAUCCAGAACGACCCACUGGUGUUCCCGUCCAAACCGGUGCUUACAGACGAGCUUAAGUCAAUCCUGCGAGGCUUCCUUCAGAAAGACCCCACGAAGCGUCUCGGUUCCAACAUCAGCGACAUUCUGGAGCACCCGUUCUUCCGUGGCAUCGACUGGGACUUGUUGCUGAAGAAGCAGAUGACGCCGCCCUGGAAGCCCAAGCUUGCGUCGCCUUUGGAUGUGGAAUAUGUGGACACCGAGUUCACAGAUCUGGACGUGCACAACGAGGUGCAGUCGCCCACGGACAAGUCAGCUGCCAAGUCGAAGGGCUUCCUGUCGCUCGUGUCCAGCCGUAGCAACCGCGAGAAGGCAGCUCCUCCGGUCCAGGACCCGACCUUCAAGGACUUCACCUACUUUUGCGAAGACCCGGAUGCCUUAGUCGAAGUGACAAAUUUGGUGUCUGAGUUGCGCCCUCCGCCGCCGCCUAGUCCGCUCCUGAACGAAGAAGACUCGGACGAGUCGGACCGCCCGGCGGAGCACGACAAUUCCAUGCCCUCCGAGUGCGAGGGUACGCCCCUGUCGUCGUUUGUGGAGAACGGACACUUGAACCCGAUGCCGAUCUCACCCAAACAGUUCCACGAGGGUCUGAAGAAGCUGGAAGCCUCGAUGACAGAGCAGUUCGAGCGCGUGGAGGUAACUAUUUCCCGUGAGCGACCGCCGAUGAAGAAGCCCAGCGGAAGCUCUAGCUCUUGCAGCGAGGAACAGGAGCAGGCCCGUGUUCAUGUAGAAAAGCUGGUGAUCUCACACGGCCCCUCAAUCCCCAUGGACACCGCGGUGAAUUCAACAGGAUCGACGGCAAGCCAGAGCGUCAGUCCCGUCGCCAACUCCCGGGGUAUGUCAGGAACGAGUGUCAGUCCCGUAGCCAACUCAAACACAAACUCUCGUGGCCACUCGCCCGCAAGCCAGCCAGUUGACCAUCGGCCGAUAGUGGAGGCGGAAUUUUAG